ACAGGUAUGAGUACGCUUUGAGUGCAGUAGCAGCACUGAGUAUGAGAGUUUGUGAGAAGCUGAUGGUGUUAAUUAACUUUACAUCUUAUGAACUGCAUGGACACAAAAAUGUUCUACUUUUUGGUACUUUUGGGAUCGCUUUGUUUGUGCAGCACAGAGCUUCUCAGACGUUAUAAAAGAUCCUGGAUUAUAGACUCGUUUGACAUUGUGGAGGAAUACCCAGGACCUUUUCCAUACGAAUUGGGACAGAUUAAAUUGGAGCGGAGCUAUUUAGUGGACUUCAUGCUAAAAGGCAAAGGUGUGGAUGAAGCUCCAAAGGGUGUUCUUUCUAUUGAUCCAAAGACAGGAGUCAUCAAAGUCCACUGCAAAGUUGACUUUGAGCAGUACAAUGUUCUGAUGCUGACCUUUCAAGCAAGAAAUAGGUCCAACCUGGCUGUAGACACACAGCUAGGCAUGGAGGUCAACAUACUGGACAUCAACGACAACCCACCAGUCUUCCAGAGAAAGAUUUAUCAGGUCACUCUACAUGAAGCAACUAAACAAGGCACAUUUGUUGUAGGUCUAUUAGCCACUGAUAAAGACGAACCAGGAACUCUCAAUUCCAUCAUUGAUUACAAACUCAUCUCUGUAACCCCAAGUACUAAAAAUGCAGAAUUCUUCAUCCAAGAUAGUGGCGCGAUAUCUUUUAAAGGAUGUCUGGAUUAUGAGGCGGCUAAUAAAUACACUAUACUGGUUGAAGCGAAGGACCGUGGAGAGGUUGUAAAGUUGUCAAGCACAGCUACUAUAAUUGUCAGUAUGCUGGAUGGCAACAAUCAUCCACCAGUUAUCACAGGACAAAUGGGUUCAGGUAAAGUUGCAGAGGGGACGAAUGGUACCUCCCCCCUCACCAUACACACAACUGAUGCUGACACACGUUCCACUGCAGCGUGGAGAGUCAGAUACUCUGUAAAGGGAGAUAAGAGUGGCCACUUCUCCAUCCACACUGAUCCAGAUACCAAUAAUGGAAUCCUUACAGUUGUUAAGCCCUUAGACUAUGAAGAACAAGCAGAACGAAAAAUCACCAUUUCUGUUGAGAACGAAGAACCCUAUUUCUCAUGUGAGGUGAAAGAGAGAUCUGCAAAUGGCCUCUGGACUCUCAUCACAAAUCCACCAACACUGUCCUCUCGAGAUAUUGCCAUUGCAGUGGAAGAUGUCAAUGAACCCCCAUAUUUUCCCAAGCCAAGGAGUAAAAUCAUCAUGGAAGAAAAUGGUGCCAUUGGAACUUUUGUGGACAGAGUAACAGCUGUAGAUCCUGAUACCACGCAUCCCUACACACUACAGUAUUCUGUUGAACAAGACCCUGCAGGCUGGGUCAGAGUAAAUGAAACAACAGGCGAGAUCUUUAUAAAAGAGAGCUUGGACAGAGAGUCAAGUUAUGUGACCAAUGGCACUUAUACAAUCACUGUCAUUGUGACAGAGAAGGAUAAUCCUAAAGUGACAAGCACUGCUACAGUUCAAAUCUACAUUGAAGACAAGAAUGACAAUGUCCCCAUGCUACAGGAGAACAUGGUCUCUGUGUGCCAGUCUGAUGGAAUGUCGAGUACAGAGAUCACUCCUAAUGACCUCGACGGAGAUCCAUACAGUGGUCCAUUCAGUUUUGAAGUAAUAGGGGAUCAUAAGGAAGAAUGGAACUUCGACCCUAGCCAUGGUAGCACAGUGCAUUUGGUGAAACACAAAAGCGUUCAUGUCGGUCUGUACACAUUGGUUGUGAAAAUAUCUGAUAUGCAGGGAAGGUAUGUCCUCCAGAACCUCACUGUUGCUGCGUGUGAUUGUACAGUCUCCCCAAACUGUCUGCUGCAGCGCAACACACAACAGAAAGUGGGAAGUGGUGUGAUUGGAACUAUCGUCUUUGUCUCGCUACUGAGUUUGGCAUGCCUGCUGCUGUUCUUUACUUGCUCUUGCGGGAACGUAAAGUCUCUGGCGCAAGUGGAUCACAUCUUAGAAGAUACCCUGUUGCCUUCUAAUAUUGAGAAACCUGGCACAGAUUGUAUGGUCCUGUAUGUUCUACCAAAGGAAGCAUCUGAUAUUCAAUCAAAGGAGGCUCCUCCUGCCAGUAAUGGUGUUCAAAAGAUAUCUGGCAUUCAGCAGGUAACAAGUAAAAAUUUGAGUCCUCAAAGGUCCUCGGUUCAAACGGAUAAAUACUUGUCCAGAGACAGAUCGCAAUACUACCCUGAGAACCAACAGACAUUGGUGUGGAAACAGUCUCUGUAUCGGAGUGACAGCUGCUUUCAGGGCACAACCCUUAGCAGGAGGAGCUCACAAAGAAGGCACAAUAGCUAUUUUAUCAGCCGAUCUGCCAUACAAAGUUUGCUUAUGCAGAGGCUGCAUUCAAUACAGUCCAUAGAAAAUGAGCUGCCUGAUCACGAGCCUCACCGUUACGCUUUUGCGGAUGACUCUGAGAACUUUGUCGACCUGGACCCCAUAGACAUGCCCAAUAAUGAGUUUGAUCCUGAGCUGCUCUCUGGCCUUGGGCCAGCUUUUAAACAUCUGGCUUUAAUCUGUUACCCGGAGAUAUGCUCCACAGCAGAAGGGAUGAAGAAUGGGAUCAGAUAGUUUAGUGAUUAGGAAAAUGAAGAUGUUGUCUCAUUCCCAUAGUAAAGAGUGGCCAAUUUAAAUUAAAUGAUCAACUGUUGAAAAAAAUAAUGGGGAGAUUAAAGAAAAAAAAGUUCUUCAUUGUCAAAUGAAGUAUAUAAUUUGGGAUUUUUCAUUUGCUUAUAAUGGAUUGUUUUAUUGUUUUAAAAGUAUAUGUUUUUUAAGUACAAGAGAUGCUACCUGCAAAGACACACGCAAAGAUAUACAAUAUUUCAAGUGCAGUGUCAGCUGCAAAAACAAGUCAUUACUACCUCAAUAAUAGGAAAAGCAAUGAUUUGUAUUUCUUACAGUGAUUGUUUACAAAGCAAAUAUAUAAUAAAUGAUGUAAGCAAAAAUGUACUCAGGGAUAUACAGUAGCAUCAUAUACUUAAUGCUCUUUUCUCAGCUGUACUGGCCUGUUCUGUGAGGUGGUUGUAUCCUUUGAACAUUUCAUUGUUUUCCAAAUGUAUUUUUUGUAUUUUUUCAAAUUUCUUUUUCUUCAAAAAUGAUGACUAUGUUUUUGCCUCUGACUUAUGAAAUAAAAAGCAUCAUGUAGAACAGGGGUUCUCAACAGGGGCGGUACCACCCCCCAGUGGGCGUUCAAAGGAUGCCAGGGGGCGCUAGGGCAAAUUAGUAGUGAGGGUGGCGUUAGGUUACAAAUGGGGGGCGUUUAUCAGUCAUGUUAAUCAAAUCUAUCUU